AUGAACAAACACCUUGAGACUGAGAUAUAUGGGCAGGUACAACGAAGACUCCAGCUGAGGAUAGAGGCCCAAGGAAAGUACCUGCAAUCAAUUCUUGAAAAAGCUUGCAAGGCCUUUGACGAACAAGCUGCUGCUUUUGCUGGGCUUGAAGCUGCUAGGGAAGAGCUAUCAGAGCUAGCCAUCAAAGUUUCCAAUGUCUCUCAAGGAACAACAGUUCCGUUCUUUGAUGCAACAAAGAUGAUGAUGAUGCCAUCUUUGUCAGAGCUUGCAGUAGCAAUAGACAACAAAAACAACAUCACAACCAACUGUUCCGUGGAAAGCUCUCUGACUUCCGUCACUAAUGGGAGCUCGAUAUCUGCUGCAUCGAUGAAGAAACGGCAACGUGGAGACAAUAUGGGCGUUGGGUAUGAAUCUGGCUGGAUUAUGCCUAGUAGUACCAUUGGAUAAAGUUUAGGAAGAUGGGAAAGGUAGAGAUAAGAUUAAACUCUUCUUUACUUGCUUUGAGGGGCCUGUAUUAUUCGAUAUAAACUUGUCAUCAAAAUUUCGUCUUAGCCUACUCAUGUAUAUAUUUAAUGUUGAAGCUGAAGCUUUAGAGUUUCC